CAAUCGUAUCCACUAGCAACAUGGUUCUAUCAAUGUGGCCUGUUCGUAACUUGUAUGAGAAACAUCAACGAACAACAACGGAUUGUUUUCUUUAUCGUAACUAUCCUUAUAAUGUAUAGCAGCUGUUCUACGCUCUAGCCUACAGUAGACGAACAGCCAUGUUAUCGUCAUCUAGUGUAUGCACGUUGUUCCGGUCCAUGCUUCCAAACCCAUGGAGCACUAUAAACCCGGUACGAUCAAAAAACUAUCUGAACCGCCCCCGUCUGCGAAAUCCUAUUUGGUUCGUCAAGAAAAUGCGUACACUGCACAAUGAACAGUUCACCGCGGACAAUAGUGCGUUCUUGAAUGAGGUUAAGCGGGAAAAUCUUCUCUCAGCCGCUAACCGGAAUCAUGCAACUCUACUACAGCUAAAGGAUGGGCAACAAGAUAGUGCGUUAGCCCAUUGGAGUCCCGGACUAAAGCGAACUGGAGUAAUCGCGAAAAAGAUCGGCCAAUAUCCUUUGUGGACGCGUAACGGAACCAAAGUUCGCACCACCUUGCUGCAGAUUAUCGACAACGAGGUGAUAAAGUAUAUCCCGCCAGAACAGUACCAGCCUGCUCAGGAACCACGCCACCGUAGGCUUUGGCGCAAACCGUACGGCUGCCUGCUGGUCGGAGCAGAAAAUGCCGAUUUGUCGCUGUUCAGCAAGGAAUACGCUGGUCUGUUUCAGCACUCGGGAGUGCUACCAAAAAAGCAUCUCUGUCGAUUUAUCGUAUCGCCAGAGGCUCAGCUGCCGCCUGCGACGCCUCUAACAGUGGAUCAUUUCAAAAUCGGCGAAUACGUAGAUGUGCGAGGAAAAACGGUCGAUCGCGGAUUUCAGGGCGUUUGUAAGCGGUGGGGCUUCAAAGGAAUGCCAAAGUCGCAUGGCGUCACGAAGACGCACCGUCGACCGGGCAACAUUGGUGCCGGUGGUGAAAAAGCCCGUGUAUGGCCUGGUACCAAAUUACCUGGUCACAUGGGCAACCGUUGGCGGGUGCUGCGCGGUCUGCAGAUAUUACGUAUCAACCGUAAGUACAAUGUGAUGUGGGUGCGUGGUAGCAAUAUUGCCGGCAGCACGAACGGCCUCGUCUAUGUGUACGACACGGUCCUUCCGCUGCGUAAGCAUUCUGCCAAGCGAGGUCCUGCUGGUCAGCCACAGUUUCCGACCGCAUUGGCACCUAUGUUUGACGAAGAAGAAGUCUGGCUCGAAGAAUUGCACGAUUUUCGCAAAGUAUCGGUCACGUACGGUACUAAUGAGUAGGUUUUGCGAUCCAUAGUUUUCUUCUCUCCUUGUCUAGCCGAUCUGCCGAUUGGUUUGUGGAAUUGUAGAUCUAUUGUGUAAAAAUUAAUAAAUUGUAUCGCGAAAUGUUG